AUGAGUGAUUAUUUAAGUGAUACAAGUGAUACUGACCCUUUCCAUAACUCAGAUGAUAGUGACAAGGACCCUGACUAUGUAGAUUCAAGUGAUAACGAAAAUAAUCAAGGAUUCACAGUACAAGCUCCUAGUUCAACAACUGAUACUUCCGAAGAUGAAUUUGAUGAAGACCAAGCAGGGCCAUCCAGACCACAUGUUACUACAUCCAGAACUGAUACUUCUCAUAUUACUGCCAACGACGAGAUUAUUGAAAACGAAGCCGAAAACAACGACGCCGGAAUGGAAACUAAAACUAAGAAAAGAAAAAGAAGGCCUGAAAAAUGGAAGAAAAAUAUAAAUAAACUAAAAAGAAAUUCAGGCAAACAGUAUAUUAAUAAAAAGGGUAUAGUUGUCUCGGAAAAGAGAAGUGACACCUGCUCUUCUUGCGACGUAAUGAAAAUUCGUAUUGAAGCUGCCUCGACAGAGGAAGAAAGAAGGGAAUUAACAGUCCAGAAGGAAGUGCAUCUUCGCAAAGCCCAAGCAUUCUAUGAUGACUUAAAAGAAAAAUCAGAACUAGCAGUAACCGAUCCCUCUGUCGAAACGAUCUGUUUUGAUUAUCAGCAGAACCUACCACUUCCUGUUUUGACGACUGGUGACAUAUUCUAUGCAAGGCAAAUAUGGGUUUACAACCAGAUGUUCCAUUCCUGCUCAAACAACCAAUCAGUAAGCUACAUGUUUGACGAAAUGACUGCAAAAAAGGGUUGCAUCGAAUCGAUUUCUUUUUUAAUGCAUUUCAUAGAGAAAUAUGUCAGCAAAACUGUCACAACUUUGUACAUCUUUACUGACAACUGUGCGGGGCAAAACAAAAAUGCGGUAAUGGUGCAUUUUUUGCUAGCCUUAGUCAGUAAUGGAAGAUUCAGAAAAAUAGUUCAUCACUUACCAGAGCCAGGACACAGCUUUUUACCCUGCGAUCGAAACUUUGGUCAAAUUGAAAAGAAAAAACGCAAGAAAGAGCUUCUUUAUUUGCCAGAUGAAUGGUAUGAUUUGGUUCAGAGCUGUGGCAAAAAGUUUGUUGUCGAGCGGGUGGAACAAGACAUUAUAUUUGAUUUUAAAAGUUAUCUUGAACCAUAUUUUAAGAAGACUUCCGUAAUAAAGAAAAAACCAUUCACCAUUUCAAAGUAUAGGAUCUUCAUCUAUGAUUCUGUUCAACCUGAUCAAGUGCUUGUUACAGAAACUCACAAUAUUGCUCUUGUCGUCGGAUAUCCUUUGUAUAAAUCUCCAGGUACCAAAAUCGAUUUACAUGUGGCUCCUUUAGCAUACCAUGAGAAGUUAGCCUUAAAAACCAAAAAGUAUGACAGCAUAAUGCCUAUUGUCAAAAAAUAUGUUCCACCUAUUUAUUUGGAAUAUUAUAAUACAAUAAAACGGGCAGCAGAUGAGAAUAAUGCCGAAGAUUCCGAUUGA